AAAUCCUUCUAAAUUGUCCACCCUCCAUGUUUAUAUAUCUUUCGUCUUCUUUUAUUUUAUUUUAUUUUUACUUGAAAACAAAGGAAAGAAAAGUAAUCAUGUCUGUUUUAUCUUUGACCUCAGCUUUUAGAUCUUUACAACCAUUUAAACAGUCAACUGUAUUUAAUGGCAUUCGUGCUUUACAAUUAAGUUUUUCUACUUCGGCAACAAAGACAGCUGAACAGCCUAUUGCUACACGACCACAAAUAGGUGUCUCUUCUUUAUUUGAAAAUGUUCAAAAUGAAGCAGAAGAAAAGUUAGCUGAGCAAGAGCAUAAAGCGAUUGAAACAGAAUACAGAUUCUCCACAGCAAAUUUUAAAACAAGUCCACAAAAAUUAAAUAUGCUUGCACGACAACUUCGUAAUCUUCCUGUGGAUGAAGCAAUUCGACAAAUGGAAUUUUCUGAUAAAAAAGCAGCUAGAAAAAUAUUACAUAAUUUAGCCUUUGCAAAGAAAAAUGCUGCCGAACAAAAGGGAAUGAAAAAUAUGAUUAUUGCACAAGCAUGGGUUGGUAAAGGUAGAUUUAUUCAACGUAUCAAUUUCCAUGGUCGUGGUCAAUUUGGUGUCAUGCAUCAUAAACAAGCUCAUAUGAAAUUUAUAUUUAAAGAAGCCUCAAGUGUGAUAGAUACAAAGACUGAUAGAAGAAAUGUUAAAGGAUGGAAACAAUCUAACAAGACUUGGGUUCCAUUAAAAGAAACAAAACCAAUUUAUAAUCCAAAACCAUUUUAUAAUUGGUAAAUCAACAAAUAUUUAUUAACUACAUUUAGAUAAAAAUAAAAUCGUGUAUAAAUGAAAUGGACAAAAUAUUGCA